AUGAAAUUCCUCGUUGCCUUCGCCCUGAUCGCCGUGGCUUCGGCCCGUGUCUUUGAACCAAUUUCCGUUGGACCGGCACUCGUCGACACCUACGAACCCAUCGACACCGAACCCGCCUACGUGGACAUCCCUAUCCCUGACGGUGGUGUAGUGACUGCUCCCGUGAAGCCCACUCCUGUUGUCGUUGGACCUGCUGUUCCCUCCGGUGCCUCUCCUCUUGUGCAGCUCAUCGUGAACGUCAACGUCCCCNGGAUGAGUGAUCUGUGCAUAGAAUAA